CGUGAGGCUGCGCGCUCCCGUCUACGGCCAUGCUGCCCGGUUACAGCGCGGCGCGCGCCUAAAAACCGCACACGCCGCACUCGUUUAAGGGCGGAUCGGGAUUUUUUUUGAACACCGAAGCCUCAAUGGAAUUACGCGUCUGACCAGGAUUUUCCAGUGCAUCCAGGUUUUUUGUUGCACGCAGACAACAGCUGGCGCCCGGACUGAGUGACGCGGUCAUUUAUUCCUCAACCGAAUCAUCUGGAAUAUUUCCCAGCACCGGUUCGAGCGUUUUUUGACGCGACGAGCCUCGCGGAAUAAACGCCGGGCGCAGCUGCUUUUGUGUUGAUGUAAAUGAUGCUGUUGGAGCGCCCGGUAAACGCGCAGCGGGGAGAGCGGCGUGACCAACCCUAUAGCGGACUUUAGCGAGCAAAUAAAAGAAAGACACAAGAAAGAACGUUUGCGAAGUCGGAAAACGGGAAGGAAAAUGUCUCUCAGCAGAAGCAUCGAGCUCGAGCACUUUGACGAGCGGGACAAGGCGCGUCGCUCCAAGCGCACGGCGGCGGGUUCGGGCGGCUCGGGCUCCCAGCAGGGCUCCAGGGCGAGCAGUCUGGUACCGAGCCCCGCGCACAGCGCCAAUUGUAGCUUUUACCGGACGCGCACGCUCCAGGCGCUCAGCUCCGAGAAGCGAGCUAAGAAGGUUCGGUUCUACCGGAACGGCGACCGCUAUUUCAAGGGUCUGGUGUACGCCGUGUCCAACGACCGCUUCAGGUCUCUGGACGCGCUGCUGGCCGAGCUGACGCGCGCGCUCGCCGACAACCUGCACCUGCCGCAAGGUGUGCGCAACAUCUACAGCGUGGACGGCGCCAAGAAGAUCACGAGCCUCGAGGAUCUCGUGGAAGGUGAGAGUUACGUCUGCGCCUCCAAUGAGCCCUACAGGAAGGUGGACUACACCAAGAACGUCAACCCCAACUGGGGCUCGCGGCUGGCGGGGGCGGGGCUGAUCGCGGGGCCGGCGCCGGUGGGCGGAGCCGUGCGUCCGGGGCCUCAGCGCGCGGCCGGAGAAUCGAGGGAGACGAAGGACUUCAUCAAGCCCAAACUGGUGACGGUGAUCCGGAGCGGCGUCAAGCCCAGGAAGGCCGUGAGGAUCCUGCUCAAUAAGAAGACGGCGCACUCGUUCGAUCAGGUGCUCGCCGACAUCACCGAGGCCAUCAAACUGGACUCCGGCGUGGUGAAGAGACUCUACACGCUGGACGGCAAACAGUUGACGAGUCUGCAGGAUUUUUUCGGUGAUGACGAUGUUUUCAUGGCGUGCGGUUUGGAGAAGUUUCGUUACGCUCAGGACGACGCUGCCAUCGGACACGCAGGGAAGGCUGCAGCAGCCGCCUUCGUUAACGAGUGUAAGAAAUCACGGCCGUCAGUCCCACCCAAGACAACCGCACACAAAAACUCUGGCGUCCCGCGCUCCAAAUCACCCGUAUCUGCCAGUGAGGCUCCGAGGAGCGACUCUCCCCCAGUGAGGUCAUCACAGUCGCCCUGCAGCCCCGGAACUCAGCGCAGCCGGAAGACGUCCGUUAAUGAAGCAUCUCCGUCCCCGACUCCAUCCAGAGACCUCAACGACGAGGAAGAACUCAGUCCUGAGGUGAACGGUAAUCAAGUUCAGUCGUCUGUCAUCACUGAGAAGUAUAAAGUGGGAAAGGUGAUCGGCGAUGGAAACUUCGCUGUAGUCAGAGAAUGUGUGGAGAGGUCUACAGGACAGGAAUACGCACUGAAGAUCAUUGACAAGGCCAAAUGCAGCGGCAAGGAGCACCUGAUAGCCAAUGAGGUGGCGAUACUGCGCAGGGUUCAUCACCCCAGCAUCAUUAUGCUAAUAGAGGAGCUGGACACGCCCACUGAGCUGUACUUAGUGAUGGAGCUGGUAAAGGGCGGCGACCUGUUCGACGCCAUCACUUCUUCCACAAAGUACACAGAGCGUGACGCCAGUGCCAUGCUGUUCAACCUGACCGGAGCACUGCGAUACCUGCACAGAAUGAACAUCGUACACCGAGACAUUAAACCCGAGAACCUGCUGGUGUGUGAGUAUCCGGACGGCACCAAGUCUCUGAAAUUGGGUGAUUUUGGUCUGGCCACGGUGGUGGAGGGACCGCUGUACACCGUCUGUGGGACGCCCACUUACGUCGCUCCGGAGAUUAUCGCAGAGAGCGGGUACGGGCUGAAGGUGGACAUCUGGGCGGCGGGUGUGAUCACCUACAUCCUGCUGUGCGGCUUUCCUCCGUUCCGCAGCGAGAGGAACCAGCAGGAGGAGCUAUUUGAGCAGAUCUUACUGGGCAGACUAGAGUUUCCCUCACCGUACUGGGACAACAUCAGCCUCUCUGCUAAGGAUUUAAUUGGUAAGAUGUUGCAAGUGAAUGUUGGUGCUCGUUACACGGCUGACGAGGUGCUGGAACACCCGUGGGUGCAGGACGACGCUGUGAUGGACACCAACAUGGCGUGUGAGAUGGAAGACGCUGUUGAAUCAGAAAACACAAACAACAGCACAGCAGCAGAGGCUGAGGUGGAUCAUCUCCAUGAUGACAGCUGGCAGUAGUUCAACGAAUCUCUCCGGAGGCACAGAAGAAGAGAAACCCUGAUCACCACCACAAACCUCGAGACCAGACCAGACCAGACCAGACCUUCUCUCUGCAACAUCCAUUCUGUUAUUAGUGGCGUUUGCAAAGUCAACCAUCAAUAUCAUCUAGUCUUCAUAUUUUACUGUUAGCUACAUGCUGAAACCUCUAGCACAUCCCAUAGAUACUCAGAACACCUUAGCAACUGCAUAGCAACCGCCAAGCAUCAAAGCAGUGUUUACAUGCACUCAACUUUGUCUGAUUUCAGAUUCUGAAAGUUGUUUAUAUCAAGCCAAAACUGUGCAAUUCAGUUCACAAAUUCAAUUAAUUUCCCAUCAGUAUGAUCGCAAUUUAAUUUGGAUCGAUUGAGGUGUAUACAUAAAGGCUUUUUAGUCCAAUACUCACUUAUUUGAGUGCAUGUAAACACGUUCACUUUCUCCAGUUCUGGUCUGUGUUUGUACACAGGGCUUCAACUAAACCAGCGACCUCGACUUUUACUGCACUGUGUCCAAGCUGCCCAUUUCUCUCUCUCUUAUUCUCUGUACAUAUGUGUCGAUGUUAGUGUCUGAUCAGAUGCAUCAUUAGAGUCUCAUUUCAGACAUUUGCGUCUUACCUGAACGCCUUUGAGAGCGCGACCGUUUGGAACUGAAUGGAAACGGGACGUUUGAAUUGUGUUGUUGGAUGUUUCUUUAUGUCUGAUUUGUGUGACCAAAUGUGUUACGAGCCUGAUGUAGUGUUAUGACUUUGCUUUACACCAAAACUUCAGCCUUUACUGAAUGAGGACGAGUGUAUGUGUGUGUGUUUAUCUCCAUGAAAUGCCUCCGUUUUUAGAAGAACUGUUAAUUUCAUUUGAUCUGAACGGUCGCUUGUGGUAUCAACGGUAUUAACUUUUGUACGGUGGCUGUUCGGGGCCUAAAGCUCCUCGUAAUUAUUCUAAUUAUGGAUUUAUUUCAUGUUUUGUUUUGUAUUGCAACAAUACAUCAUGAGUAGCUGAUGAACCCAGA